AUGUUGCCGGACAACAAAGUAUCAUCCGAUAACGACGUGAACGUAACCCUUGUACGGGUAAAUAAAGUCCGUGGCAACAGUGAGAUGCUGCGGAAAACAUUUGGAGACCGAACUACAGUGUGCUGCUUCAAGUUGGAGACUGACCAUAACGUGUCUUUUGAAAAGGCCAAAAAGCUUCUAGAACCCCCAACGCUAGCGGAUGCUGUAGUUAUGAACCUGCUAAACGGCAGAUACAACACGGUAGUAUUGCUAUUUCCGUCAGGAAACUCGGUGACCUUGGAAAGUAAAGUGAGUGUCGAUCUAUUACUCAGAACAUUAUAUCAGAAUGGAGAUAUCGAUGAAGGCAUUGUUGAUGCCUUGCUACAGAUACACCAUAGAAGGUUAACCGGAGAAAGUGUCACACCGCAAUAG